AUGAUAGCGGCUAUAUCUUGGGUUCCAAAAGGAGCCUCAAAGACAGUCCCUAUUGUGGCUGAGCCUCCUAGUAAAGAAGAGAUUGAAGAGAUCGUGAAGAGCGGUGUUAUGGAGAGACGUGAAGAUAGCGAAGAUGCGGAAGAUGAUGAGGAUAUGGAAGUUGAUGCACUUAUGCAAGAUGAAGUUGCUCAUGCUAUGGCUGCUGCUAAUGCACUUGGCAAGGCUUCCAAGAGCACAAAUCCGGAAACUGACAGCAUAGCAGAUGCUCUUAAGGAACUAGACAUGGAUUACUAUGAUGAAGAGGAUGAUGGUGUUGAGUUGUUUGGCUCAGGGCUUGGAAACCUAUAUUACCCUAGCAAUGACGUAGAUCCGUAUCUGAAGGAUAAUGAGGAUGAUGAUUCUGAAGAGGAAGAGGAUACAACCAUAAAACCGGAGGAUGCUGUCUUAGUUUGUGCACGCAAUGAGGAUGAUGUCAGUCAUCUUGAGGUUUGGAUACUAGAAAACACGACAGAUGGUGAUUCUAACAUGUAUGUUCACCAUGAUAUCAUCAUCCCAGCAUUUCCACUAUGCACCGCAUGGCUUGAUUGCCCGCUUAAAGGUGGAGAUAAAGGGAACUUCGUCGCUGUUGGCGCAAUGGAUCCGGCUAUUGAAAUAUGGGACCUUGAUAUUAUGGAUGAAGUUCAGCCAUCUUUUGUAUUGGGUGGCAUCGUAGAGAAGAAGAAAAGGGGAAAGAAGAAAAUAAUCAAAUAUGCGACUGGUAGCCACACUGAUUCAGUUCUUGGACUUGCUUGGAACAAGGAAUACAGGAAUAUACUUGCCAGUGGGAGUUCUGACAAAUUGGUAAAGAUUUGGGAUGUGACUACUGGGGAAUGCAACCUAACCAUGGAUCACCAUACAGACAAGGUCCAAGCUGUAGCAUGGAAUCCUUUUGCACCUCAAGUCCUUCUCACCGGAUCUUUUGAUCAUUCAGUAGUUAUGAAAGAUAGCAGGAUACCCUCUCACAGUGGAUUUAAAUGGUCAGUCGUUGCUGAUGUUGAAAGCUUGGCAUGGGAUCCGCACACUGAACAAUCUUUUGUGGUAAGUCUUGAGAACGGUACGGUUAUAGGUUUUGAUAUUCGCACAGCUAGCUCUGAUCCCAAGCCAAGUUUCACUCUCCACGCUCAUGACAAAGCAGUUUGCACAGUUUCAUACAAUAGCUUGGUCCCAAAUCUACUUGCAACUGGUUCCAUGGAUAAGACAGUGAAACUCUGGGAUUUAACGAACAACAAGCCUUCGUGCAUUGCAUCCCAGAAUCCAAAAGCUGGAGCUGUAUUUUCAGUUUCCUUCUCAGAAGAUGCUCCCUUCUCACUGGCCAUAGGAGGCUCCAAGGGAAAGUUGCAGAUGUGGGAUCUGUUAUCAGAGACCGGUGUUGCUGGAAGAUAUGGGAAGUAUAUCAAUGAGCUAAGGCGCCGCCCACAAUCCUGA